CUUAGCUCUCCAUACACCACGAGAGCUCAGCGAGAAAAGGAGGGGGCGAGGAAAGGCAGGUUCCGCCUCCCCCUGGCCCGCGCGCACACACGCGCCCACCGCGGCUCAGGCUGGCUGAGCGCGGGCGAGUGUGAGCGCGGGCGAGUGUGAGCGCGAGUGUGCGCACGCCACGGAAAGCCUCUGCCCUCGCCUCGCACCCUGCUCAGGGCAUCUUAAGAGCCUGGAAACGUGACAGGUUUAAAGUAUGGCAUGUUGCAAAGAUGAUUUCUGUCAAGAAGGUAACCACGAUUGCGGCGUCCACCGGGAUCAGUUUCGCCCUCCUGCACUUCUUGUGCCUGGCUGCUUGUUUAAACGAACCAAAGGACGAGAGCCAAAAGGACGAGAAAUUAUGCCCGGAAAAUUUUACCCGCAUCCUGGACGGUUUACUCGAUGGUUAUGACAACAGGCUGCGUCCUGGAUUUGGGGGUCCUGUUACAGAAGUGAAAACUGACAUAUAUGUCACCAGCUUUGGACCUGUUUCUGAUGUUGAAAUGGAAUAUACAAUGGAUGUGUUCUUCAGACAGACGUGGAUUGACAAAAGACUAAAAUAUGAUGGUCCCAUUGAAAUUUUGAGAUUAAACAAUAUGAUGGUAACAAAAGUAUGGACCCCUGACACUUUCUUCAGGAAUGGAAAGAAAUCUGUUUCACAUAAUAUGACUGCUCCAAAUAAGCUUUUUAGAAUUAUGAGAAAUGGCACUAUUUUAUACACCAUGAGACUUACCAUAAGUGCAGAAUGUCCUAUGAGAUUGGUGGAUUUCCCUAUGGAUGGUCACGCAUGUCCUCUGAAAUUUGGGAGUUAUGCAUAUCCAAAGACUGAGAUGAUUUAUACCUGGACAAAAGGUCCUGAGAAAUCAGUAGAAGUUCCUAAGGAGUCUUCCAGCUUAGUCCAAUAUGACUUGAUUGGGCAAACUGUAUCAAGUGAAACUAUCAAAUCCAUUACUGGUGAAUAUAUUGUUAUGACGGUUUACUUCCACCUCAGACGGAAGAUGGGUUACUUUAUGAUUCAGACGUACAUUCCAUGCAUUAUGACAGUGAUUCUUUCUCAAGUUUCAUUCUGGAUAAAUAAGGAAUCCGUUCCUGCUAGGACUGUGUUUGGAAUAACUACAGUCCUCACCAUGACCACGCUGAGCAUCAGUGCACGACAUUCUUUGCCCAAAGUGUCCUAUGCUACUGCAAUGGAUUGGUUCAUAGCUGUCUGCUUUGCUUUUGUAUUUUCGGCCCUUAUUGAGUUUGCUGCUGUCAACUAUUUUACCAAUAUUCAAAUGGAAAAAGCCAAAAAAAAGGCAGCAAAAGCCCUCCAGGAAGUUCCAGCUGCUCCAGUGGUGAAAGAAAAGCAUCCUGAAACAACUUUUCAGAACACUAAUGCCAAUAUGAAUAUGAGGAAAAGAACAAAUGCCUUGGUUCACUCUGAAUCUGAUGCUGGCAACAAAAGUGAGGUGGGAAACCAUUCGAGCAAAUCCCCCACGGUUGUUCAAGGAUCUUCUGGAGUCACACUGCAGUCUUACUUAGCUUCCAGCCCCAACCCAUUCAGCCGCGCAAAUGCAGAUGAAACUAUAUCUGCUGCAAGAGCACGUCCAUCUGGGCCUUCUUCUACUCCUAGUAGAACUGGGUAUACGCCACAACAAGCUUCAGUUGGAUCCGCUUCUACCCGCCAUGUGUUUGGAUCAAGACUGGAGCGAAUUAAGACCACAGUUAAUACCAUGGGGGCAUCUGGGAAGUUGUCAGCUGCUCCUCCCUCUGCUCCACCACCUUCUGGAUCUGGCACAAGUAAAAUAGACAAAUACGCCCGCAUUCUCUUUCCAGUAACGUUUGGGGCAUUUAACAUGGUCUAUUGGGUAGUAUAUUUAUCAAAGGACACUAUGGAGAAAUCAGAAAGUCUAAUGUAAUUUUGUUGCUAUAGUUGUUUCCUAAAAGAUAGAAUUAAUGCAGACUGUCUUUUUAAAUGUUUUUUAAGAUAUAAAUAUUACUCGUUACUAAAAUAAAAAUUCGACGUGAUUUUCCCCUUAAAAACAAGUCAAGACAUUUAUGGGAGAGUUAAUUAGUUCCUCAAUGAAAUGAAAGUGAGCCAUCUUUCAUUUCAGAAAGGUGAUUUAAAUAGAAUCAAUUCAGCAUUCAAAUAAGAUGGAAUACAGACCAUCCUGAAAAUUUGAGAAAAGAGAAUAGCGCUAUUACAGAUACGUGCUAUCUAUUUAUGCAUUGAAACUUGAAAGCAGAUUGACAUUUUAAAUUAUACUUUAUGAAUAUCAACCCAUCACCCUAAAUUUUCCAGUGGCACUGCCCCUAAUCAGAAUUAUUUAUCGGAUAUCAUAUGUGGUGAUCUUUGGACAUACUCUUAGUACCUGCAAGAAAAGGACUUUCCUUGUUAAAUUAUUAAAUGAAAUAUUUUUAAAAGGAAUAUGGAACAAAGCAAACACUGACCAGUAAAGUGAAACCGCUGCUGCAUCAAAAACAGAGAUCAGGGAAAAUAAGUUCCCACUCACGUUUGCCAAAUAGGACUUACAGUUGACUUGAAAAUUUGUGCUCUGAACCAAAGUUUAACUUACUGUAUGAAUUCUUUUCGAUAAUAGUUCACUCAGUUAUGUAUUCUUUCAGCAUAUUUAUUCAGCACCUACCAUGUUCCAGGCACUAGACACUGUCUCUCUAGGAAUGCUUUUUCACCUUUACCUGCAAUAUUGCUUAGGUGGUAGAACAGUCAAUGCAUGCUAAUGAAUCCUAGAUUAGCCGAGGACAUUGCCCUCUGUAGUGGAGGAAAUGUAUUAGCUUGAAAACAUACUCAAAAUAUUUGUUUCUCCUACAUUGGUAAAGAUAUUGUGAACGAGUAUAUAUGUCACAUCUAGUUCACAUAUUUGAGAUAAGAAAACAAUAAUACAACUUCAGCAAUUGACUUUCAAAAUAUAAUGAAGAUGUGAUGUGGAUUGUCCUCUAAGUGAAAAGCACUUUGUACCUGAGAGUAGAAACUGAGCACCUGAUCAGUUGAUAACCUGUCUCAAAUUUGAACAGAAUCAUAGAAACAUCAGAGUUGGGAUUUUGAUACACAAUGCUUUUUUCCAGCUUAGUUCUACAUUAGUUGUGAAAUGAUAAAUUCCAAGAGAAGUUUUUGUGUACUUCUGGGCAGAUUUGGUUUAUUUUUUUAGGUGAUUUUGUAAGAUUUCAUCAUGAAGGUGAGUAUUAUAAAAUUAAAGGAGCAUCAAAGGAAUGGGGUAAAGAAAAACAUAUACCCAAUUUGUCAUGCAAUUUAUCAGGAUUUUCAUGUGCUGACUUUUCUUUUUCAUUAGGUAGGCUUAACAGUGGAAUUGAAUUUCUUGCAGUUGUCCCAUAUGGCUAACUCUAGGUCUGAUUUUUUUGUUGUGGCGUUUCUUCCGGAGUUUCUUUCUCUUCCCUCAUCUUAAUCAAGGUUUGGUGAAUGAAUGUGUUUUGGAAUUUUGGUGGGAGAUCUUGAUAGAAAUGGCCACCUUAUAAGCAGGAUCUCUUAUUUUAGAGAAGAAAUGGUAUUAAUUGGCAUUGGGCUUUUCAGUUAUCGUCCAUGAAACCUGUAAAAUGUGUAAAUGCCAAAUAUUAAUUUUGAGUCAUAACUGAAAAUUCCUCUGGGCUCUCUCUCUAAGUAUUGCCUACAUUCAAUAAUUGCAAGGCAGAAAGAUGCUUUAGAAACCCAGUCCAAAAUCUCAUUAUUUAUAAAUUGAUUUCAUUAAUAUGAGGCCUGGUAAAAUUUGUACAUAUGUAUAAAUUUAAUAAAGAGAACUUGUACAAUAAAUCUCAUCAUAAAGUAUUUCAUUAAUGUGAGUAGAUUUCUGUAUUUAGGAUAUG